UGAGCCACUAGCGAAAGCUCCAAGGCGCCUGCUUCCUUGGGAGGAUUUGCACAACCCACCACCCCACUCCUCUGGCCUGGGCAGGCGGCCCAAUGAGGUGGGGGUAGGGGACAUCCAGGAGCCACAACAGGUCUCCAGGGACGCUGCCCUGGUGAGUCUGCCUUCGUGACUGAGUGGGUGGGAGCUAAGUCCUUCCUUCAGUGUCUCAUCUUGUGGGCAUGGCCAGCUUGAGUUGUCGGGGAGCCCUGCUGACCUCUCUCCUCCUCCUGUACCCACUCCUCUGUGCUGCCUGCCCAGAUGUUUGCAGCUGCUCCUCAGGGGAAGUGGACUGCCGUGACCGUGCCUUGCACUUUGUGCCCAGUGGCCUGCCCACCAAUGCCAGCGCAGUGCUACUGGGUUAUAACCGCAUCGCCAGGCUCAAGGCUCACACCUUCCUGCAGCAGAGGUCCUUGCUGUACCUCAGUCUGCAUGGCAAUGUGCUGGUGAGCAUCCACAGCCAGGCACUCGCAGGGCUUUGGGCACUGCAGGAGCUGGACCUGAGCAACAACUCCCUCGUGGUGCUCACAGCAGAAACCUUCCUGCCAUUGCCCAGCCUCACAACACUCAAUGUGGGCAGCAACCAGCUGGCCCAGCUGGCCCCAGAUGUGCCGCGCACCUUGCCCCAACUCCAGGCUCUGUUUCUGCACAACAAUGCUCUACGGUCCCUGGACACUGGCUUCUUUGAGAACCUGCCUGCUGUACGCUUGCUGACACUUGCGGGCAACCCCUGGGCAUGCAGCUGUUCCAUCUGGCCCCUCUUCCUCUGGCUCACCCACAACAGGGACAAGAUCCAAGAGGAGAAUCUGACCGUGUGCCAAUUCCCAGAGCUGCUCAACCAGUUUCCCAUUGCAGCCCUUGACAAUGCCUCCUUCAGCCACUGCCAGGAGAGCCCACUGCAUCCACACGACUAUGCUUUCUUCCUGCUCAUUGGCCCAGCCUCCUUCCUAGGCAGCAUCAUCAUCUGCAUCCUAACUGGCUGCCUGGUUGUGGCGUGCAACAAGCUGAGCAAAGACCCCUACCCUCGGCAAAGAGCCCCACGACCCAGGAUGACACUGCCCCAGCAGUAGCUCUGGGAUGGGGCAGGGAAGAGCUGUGGUGAUACAAGACACUGGGCAGGGCAGGGACAUGCCAGGCUGGCACCAGCUUGCAGCCAGGGCAGGGAAGUGCAUCCAGCUCUGGGAGGGAUGAGUCGCCAGUGCCCCAGGGUUUAUGAGCUGUGCUCCUCAUGCUGUGGGGCCUUCCCUUCCCUCCCUCCUCAGGCAGGAGCCCAGUUCGUAUCCUCUGUAGCUGCCACCAAGAGCCAGGGGAAUGACAGACCUUGGUGUUCAACACUGUUGCCUGGCAGGCUGGAUGGGCAGUGCCCAGUCCAUCCAUGGGCUGGAUUUAGCCAGUGAUCCCAAUCUGCUGCCCAGGGCAGGUGCAGUGGGGCCCCAUCCAGGCAUGCAGAGGGAGGUGGAGGGGAGCUUGGCCCUGAUCCAACCCUAACCAGGCCCUGCAGAGGUGGGGGGAGGGAGCUUGACCUCAACCCACAGAAGGAAGGGGGCAAGUUCCUCUGUGCAGGAACAGGGGGCCUGGGAAUUUGGCAGCAGGGAGAGGUGGCAGUAGUAUUUGCCACUGCUCCCUUGGCACUAAUUUUCCUGACCUGUGGAAAGCCCUGCAGGCCUGAUGCCAUGGCCCUGCAGGCUGCAUUUGGCCUGCAGGCUCGAGGUUGAGUACCCCUUAUCUAGACAGACAAACAGGAACCUCCAUCUCAGGUGGCUGACAAGAGCAGCCCCCUAACCUGUGGCAAGGGUAGAAAGCAGCUCAGGCUCCCAGAGGCCCCAGUCUCUCUGCUUUUGUUCUGAUAUUCAGUCCUGGACAACAGGACUGGGCCAGGGUACCAGCACGUUCACACCCUAGCCACUUGCAGUGAUCCCCAAUACUUAGAAGGACUCCUUGCUCUAGUGUCAGGCAUCCAGGUUGUAGUCAUAUUGGUCUAGAGGCAAAAGGAAUCAGAACUCAUGGCAGAGGUGAUAUCUUUUA